GCAGUCACUUGGACGAGAUGCUGGGAGUCCCGCCCCUUCUGUUGGCUGCAGUCUUGCUGGGCCUUGGGCUGCUCAUUUUCCUACUGUCACUCAGACGGUGGGGCCGGGGCUGGUUACUGGUCUUCUGGUUUGAGUUUGUGCUGCAGCCGAUCUAUAACCUGGUUAUGGGAGACACUAAAGAACAGCGCAUCCUGCGCCAUGUGCAGCAACAUGCGAAGCGUGGGGACCCUCAGAGUGUGCUGGAUGUCAUCGACACAUACUGCUCACAGAAGGAGUGGGCCAUGCAUGUUGGUGACAAGAAAGGCCAUAUCAUGGACACUGUAAUUCAGGAGUACAAGCCAUCCUUGGUGCUGGAGUUGGGGGCCUAUUGCGGCUACUCUGCUGUGCGCAUGGCCCGCCUGCUGCAGCCUGGCGCAAGACUCAUCACCAUGGAGAUCAACCCUGACUUUGCGGCCAUCACCCAGCAGAUGCUGGACUUUGCUGGCCUGCAGGACAAGGUCACCAUCCUGAUCGGACCCUCCCAGGACCUCAUCCCCCAGCUGAAGAAGCAGCAUGAUGUGGACACGCUGGAUAUGGUCUUCCUAGACCACUGGAAGGACCGCUACCUGCCAGAUACCCUUCUCCUAGAGGAAUGUGGCCUACUGCGGAAGGGGACAGUGCUUCUGGCUGAUAACGUCAUCAUUCCAGGAUCACCAGAAUUCCUGGCAUAUGUGCGGAAGAACAACAGCUUUGAGUGCACACACUACAGCUCAUACCUAGAGUACACGAAUGUGGUGGAUGGCCUGGAGAAGGCCAUCUACAAGGGCAAGAUGCAAACUUGACUGCUACCUUGCACUAGGCACCUUACCCAGCCUCUUUCUGAAGAGCAAGAUGGACACGCUCACUCUUGAUAACUCCACUUCUGUGGUUCUAGGGUCUGUCCCCAUGCAAUGUCUACUUCAGGCCUAUGAACCUGGGAUUUGUCCACACUGACCUCUGUGCUGCUGGUGCAGAUUAUCACAUACUACACACUCUAAAGAAUAAUGAGCUUACUAUGCAAAGCCACUGCAGAAAACCUGGAAAAUACUGCUGACAGAGGGGCUGGGAGUGUAGCUCAGGAAGCACAAACUCCUAGCAUAUAAGAGGCCCAAUUCAAUCCCCAGAACUGAAAAACAAAAAAGAAAAACAAAGACCAAACUGGAAAAUGUAAUAUGAAUUCCAAUCAGGUUUCCAAGGACAGGUUAUCAGGCACCAACUUACUUAUUAGGCCCUGAAAGCAGAAGUUGGAAAAAUCAGGAAUCUAUUGGGCUUUGCACUGACUGUUCUUAGGCUUUCUGCACCAGGGGGCAGCAGCACCUUAGUGACAUUACCACCACCACCUCACCCUGUACUUUUGACUUGCAAGUAUUCACCUUUUUUAAGAAUGAACUGUAACCUCAUUACUAAAGUUAGAUGACUGUAGUCUUAUAUACUAAAUUCAUGUUUAAAAGCCAAUAGAAUUAAAGAUCCAAAUAUUUGGAUAUAAGA